AGCUUAAUUAGCUCAUCUUCUUGGAGCAGAGUGUGAUCUUGGAAGAACACCAUGGCAACUGCAGGGGAAGUGAUCAAGUGCAAAGCGGCGGUGGCGUGGGAGGCCGGGAAGCCGCUGUCGAUCGAGGAGGUGGAGGUGGCGCCGCCGCAGGCCAUGGAGGUGCGGCUCAAGAUCCUCUACACCGCGCUCUGCCACACCGACGUCUACUUCUGGGAGGCCAAGGGGCAAACUCCGGUGUUCCCUCGGAUCUUCGGCCACGAAGCUGGAGGGAUCGUGGAGAGCGUGGGGGAGGGGGUGACGGAGGUGUCCCCCGGCGACCACGUGCUGCCGGUGUUCACCGGCGAGUGCAAGGACUGCCCGCACUGCCUGUCGGAGGAGAGCAACCUGUGCGACCUCCUCCGCAUCAACACCGACCGCGGCGCCAUGAUCGCCGACGGCCGGCCGCGCUUCACUGCCAGGGGCGGGCAGCCGGUGUACCACUUCCUCGGCACCUCCACCUUCAGCGAGUACACCGUCGUCCAUGUCGGCUGCGUCGCCAAGAUCGACCCGGCGGCGCCGCUCGACAAGGUCUGCGUCCUCAGCUGCGGCAUCUCCACCGGAUUUGGAGCGACAGUAAACGUAGCGAAGCCACCAAAGGGAUGCACCGUCGCCAUAUUCGGACUGGGUGCCGUUGGCCUUGCUGCCAUGGAAGGCGCGAGGAUCUCAGGUGCAUCAAGGAUCAUUGGCGUGGACUUGAACCCUGCCAAAUUCGACCUAGCUAAGAAGUUUGGGUGUACAGACUUUGUGAACCCAAAGGAUUACGACAAGCCCGUGCAGCAGGUGAUCAUCGAGAUGACGAACGGCGGCGUGGACCGCAGCGUGGAGUGCACCGGCAACGCAGCCGCCAUGAUCUCCGCCUUCGAGUGCGUCCACGACGGGUGGGGCGUGGCCGUGCUGGUCGGCGUCGCCGGCAAGGAGGCGGUGUUCAGGACGCACCCGACCAACUUCCUCAACGAGAGGACGCUCAAGGGGACGUUCUUCGGCAACUACAAGCCACGCACUGACCUGCCCGGCGUCGUCGACAUGUACAUGAACAAGGAGCUGGAGCUGGAGAAGUUCAUCACGCACAGCGUGCCAUUCACCGAGAUAAACACGGCUUUCGACCUGAUGCUCAGUGGGGAGAGCCUCCGCUGCAUCAUCAGGAUGGAGGACUAGCUGCCCACUCAUUGUCACCUUCUCAUUCUCGGUGGCAGCGACAGGAUGUCUGUGUAAAUUAACAGAGAAAAUAAAGAGAUUACUACCCUCCUGCUAGUACAAAUAAGCCACAGUUUGCAGGCUUGCGAUUUGAGGUUUGUUUCUGAAGAAGAAUGGUGUUGUGCUGUUCUUGCAAGCCUGAGUUCCUAGACAAAUUAUUGCAGUGAAAUUCUGCAAGAUUAGGAGAUAGGUAUGAAAUUAUGCAGGUUCCACCACGAUCUAUAGCAUUUGUCACCUUUCUGUGUUGUGCAUGUGCAGUCUAAUAUUGUGGUAUGCAAUCUUCCAACCUAUAUUGUGGUAUGUACUUACAGAUUGUAAUAUUCAGCUAAAUUUUCAGUAACCAAAUGUUUAGUAGCAGGAAAGAUUAACAGAUAGAAGGUGACCCGUGU